GUACCGACACGCUCUAAGCGCUUUAUACAUUGUAGCCUGUUUAUAGUUUCAGAUAAUGAACUACAUUGUUUCAUUCGGGUCGCUUGUUUUUUUUCUUCUUCCUGUCCUAUAAGGACAUUGUGUAAAAAGUUUUGUUUUAGCGGAUGAAUUUGUUUUGUAUCAGGAUUUAAGUUUGUAAAGAGUGAGCAAAGAACUACUUUUUUUCUCGCUCUUUCUCUCCGGGAUUGUGGCGUAUACAGGACAGGAGGAGAAAUGCCCGGGUUUUAGGAUUUUUUUUGUGUAUAAAAAGAAAAGAGAGAGGGAGAGCGAGUGGUCAGGUUAUCUGCUCAGGAGAUGGCAGAGGCGAGAGUGGAGGAUGAAGAGGAAAGAAUGAGAGAGGCGCGAGAGGCCGGGGGCGCGAGACGGAACGCGCGAGCGCCCAACGCGGCUCCAGAUCGAGCAGAUAGGAACAAGCCUGAACAACGCCAGUCCAGCUCUCAGGGCGCGCUCUCGUCGAUCAGAGCUGCAAUAAAAAGAACGUCCAACAGAGCAGGUCCUCCGGCUGACCAGAACAGAGAGAGACGGCGCCCAGAGAUCACCAUCCUUGCAGCUGAACGCCUGCCCACAAACUCCUGGUUCCCGGGGGCGUCUGGGCCAUUUCCGCCUCCACCACCCCCUGCUCAGCCAUCUUGGACUGGUCCUGUUACAAUACAGCUUCCCCCGCCUUCAUAUGAGCAGGUGAUCCGAGAAAAAAGUCGAGAGCAGAAGUCCCAAACUUCCUCCGUCUCCUCAUCCUCUUCCUCCUCCACGUCAUCUCCGUCCUCCGCGUUAUCAUCCUCUUCAUCUUCCGCUCCACGUCACACCACCACCAUCGCCACGCAGACCGAUCCUGAAACGUCAGAGCCUGAGAACUGCUCCAGACCCCAGAUGCGCCGGCCCCCAAAACCACCUCGCCCAUCCCUUCCGCUCACUCCUAAACCUGCCGAGCCGGUACUCGCACACACGCACUCUUUAAUCGAAUUGGAUGAGCCAUCCAGUUCCACGCACACACCGACACACCCUCCUAGCGGCGAGCAGUGUGGAGUUCAGACUGACUUUACACACUUUCUGGAAUCCUUGACUCCCAUCACUCCAGACUCCUCAAACACCACCCGUAAUUCUCAGCAACAGGCACCAUCGGAACAAGAAGGUUCAGCACGCCCCAGGCCGCGUCCUCGCUCUAAAGCGUUACCGCAGCCAGUGAUCAAAGAGGAACCAAUAACCAGAGAGGUCAAAGUUCAAACCUUGGUCCGCCUUAAAGACGACAGCACAGGAAGCAUUUUUGCCGGUUUCACCGACUCUUCUUCAGACAUUGCAUCCAAUAAGUAUCUGCAGGACUUGUUGGACGUCUUCGGUUGUGAUAAACAAGAUGUCCGAAGUGACCAACGUGAUGAACGAGACCAAAGUGAAAAGAGUGAAGAAGGGCAAAGUGUCGCUUCUGAAAGUUGCUCACUUUCUACAGUUUCUGAACCUUUGGAAACCAUGAGACCAGAACCGCGACCAAGAACACAGAAUCCCAAAACGCCUGCAAAACUUUCAAACCCAAAGCAGAAUGUGGAGCAGACAAAAAAUCCUUCAGAAGUGCAAAAUAAACCUGGGUUUCAUCCAGUCCCUGCUCCCAGACCCCUGGUGAAAAAAUCAUCUGCGUCCCAGCAGCAGGGUUCCUCGGAGGAGAAACCCGAGCUCUGUCGAAUCCGUCCACCCCCCAGACCUCCGCUAGCUGCACGCAUGUCAAGAGCUCCCACCCAGGAAGAAGCAGCUCAGCCUGCCGAAGUGCCCUUUAACCCUUCUGGAAGGGGAAGUUUAGAAGAUCAUGACUCAACCGCAGAUUCUUCUGGGAAGCUUGGAGCAAUCACGUCCUCCAACAGAGCUGGGGGAAAAUGUUCAGCUAAACCCCAGUCCCAGAAGAGGCCUCCACCCCUAACGCACACUCCUGUUCACACUCCUGCACAGGAUGCUGUCAGUGCUGCAAGUGUUAGCAAAUCUGGUCCAUCACUUCCACAUCGAGGCAGUGAGGGUAGGCUGCUUCCUCUGCGUCCUCCUCCUGUCAAAUCGAGCAAAUCAGCAGGCGUCUCCCCGACUCCUGCUACAUCCAAGCAGCCCACGGGUUACUGGGGACUCAAACAAGGACCGCCCCUGCCACCGAGGCCGAAGCCUGGGCAUCCUCUUUAUAAACCGAACAUAAGCAAAAUCCCACAAGCAAAGACUAAAGUAAACCUUCCUAGCCGUGAUCGUGAAGAAACCUGCCUUCAAAUAGAGAAGCUUCUUGUUGAUCUUGAUGACAUGGUAGCACCAAAAUCAACACCAGGAGGUGUUAAAGGUCAUCUUCAGGACUUCGUGUCAGAAGAACCCAUAUCUCAGAAGAGCCCAGAGCUGAAGAAAGAGCCACAGAUGGAGGAGCAGCACCAGCCUGAGGCAAACACAACUAGCGUCAGGUACAGAACCCGCUUUGCGUUCGAGGGUGAAGAUGGAGAGCUGACACUUCGUGACGGCGAUGUGGUCACGUUAAUAGAAUACGUAAAUGACGAGUGGGGGCGUGGCAGUCUUAAUGGACACACGGGGCUCUUCCCUUUAAAUUUUGUCCAGAUUGUUGAGGAAAGUCCAGAAAAGAUAUCGACCCCUGAGUCACAUGCACCCACAGUGUGUGUUGGAGAAGGACAGAUAGGUCGAGCUCUCUAUGAUUUCGCCCCCGAGUCUGAGGAUGAACUCUGUCUCAAGGCUGGGGACGUGGUGUCCUCCCUGGAGGAGGUGGACGAAGAAUGGUUUGUCGGGGAAUUCGCCGGCCGACGUGGGAUCGUUCCCAAAAAUUACAUCCAAGUGCUCUAAACCACCGUCAGGACGGAGACAGGGUGAAGUGUUUACAUGCGGAAAGUGGAUUGUGUGUAUCCGAUGGCAUCGGUGCACUGCUACUCAAACAAACUCCAACACAAUCAAAUGAACCACUGUAGUUAGGGACAUUACUCACUCACUCACUCACUGGUUCGUCUCUUUACAUGGUUUCACAUAUUCACAUGUUCUGUUCUGUUCAUCCCAAAGCCAAAUGAUGAUAGUGUUGUGUUGUGUUGGAGUAAAACUUACUGGACUAAGAAGAGGGCCUAAGAUUUCAUGGAUUAACACCAUUAGAAUUUUUAAAGCUUUUAGUUUUUCUUAAUGUUUUGUAAUCUGGAUGGGAUAAUUUUGUUGUAUUUGUUACCUCUACUGUACUAAAUGACACUGUGAAUAGAGAUCUCCCACUGAAACUCCUUUAUAGUCUGGGACUGUGCUUAAUCUGUGGGAAAUAAUGAUGUCAAGUACCCUUAACUCAAAAUAAACCCAGGUGAAUCAUUCUAAAAA